GCGAAGCAGAUGGGAGCCAUGGCUUAUCCCUUACUCUUCUGCCUCCUGCUUGCUCAUCUGGGAUUGGGAACUGUUAGCACCGGCCGCGACCCUCCGGGACGGCUGGAUUCCCCUCGAGAGAGAACUCUGAGGCUGAAGCAGCACGCCCAGCAGCCGGCUCGAGCCUCUGCCUCGGACCCCUCAGCUCCCUGGAGCCGCUCCACCGACGGCACCAUCUUGGCGCAGAAACUCGCCGAGGAGGUGCCCAUGGACGUGGCCUCUUACCUCUACACCGGGGACUCCCACCAGCUGAAGCGAGCCAACUGCUCCGGCCGCUACGAGUUGGCGGGCCUGCCAGGGAAGUCGUCAGCCCUAGCCAGCUCCCAUCCCUCCUUGCACGGGGCGCUGGACACGCUGACACACGCCACUAACUUCCUCAACAUGAUGCUGCAGAGCAAUAAGUCGCGGGAGCAGAACUUGCAGGACGACCUGGAGUGGUACCAGGCACUGGUGCGGAGUCUCCUGGAGGGCGAACCCAGCAUUUCCCGGGCAGCCAUCACCUUCAGCACCGAGUCGCUGUCCGCGCCGGCCCCGCAGGUUUUCCUCCAGGCCACCCGCGAAGAGAGUCGCAUCCUGCUCCAAGAUCUGUCCUCCUCGGCACACCACUUGGCCAACGCCACGCUGGAGACGGAGUGGUUCCACGGCCUGCGGCGCAAGUGGAGGACCCACUUACACCGCCGAGGCUCUAAUCAGGGCCCCCGGAGCCUGGGCCAUAGCUGGCGGCGCAGGGACGGACUUGGCGGGGACAAGAGCCACGUCAAGUGGUCUCCGCCUUAUCUGGAGUGCGAGAACGGGAGUUACAAGCCCGGGUGGCUGGUCACUCUCUCCGCUGCUUUCUACGGGUUGCAGCCUAACCUGGUCCCGGAAUUCAGGGGUGUUAUGAAAGUUGACAUAAAUCUUCAGAAAGUGGACAUUGACCAAUGUUCAAGUGAUGGCUGGUUUUCAGGAACUCACAAAUGUCACCUUAACAAUUCAGAGUGUAUGCCAAUUAAAGGCCUAGGAUUCGUGCUUGGAGCCUAUCAGUGCAUUUGCAAAGCAGGAUUCUAUCAUCCUCAAGACUUCUCAGUGAACAACUUUCAGAGAAGUGCAAAAGAUGUGUCAGAAGAAGCCCAUGUCUGCCUACCCUGCAGGGAGGGCUGCCCCUACUGUGCUGAUGACAGCCCCUGCUUUGUCCAGGAGGAUAAGUAUUUGCGACUUGCUAUCAUCUCCUUCCAAGCCCUGUGUAUGCUGCUCGACUUCGUUAGCAUGCUGGUGGUCUACCACUUUCGCAAAGCAAAGAGCAUCAGGGCAUCGGGCCUUAUCCUCUUGGAAACCAUUCUUUUUGGGUCUCUGCUGCUAUACUUUCCAGUUGUUAUUUUGUACUUUGAGCCAAGCACAUUUCGCUGUAUUCUCCUCAGAUGGGUCCGUCUUCUCGGUUUUGCUACUGUUUAUGGAACUGUCACCCUCAAGCUUCACAGGGUUUUGAAGGUGUUUCUUUCGAGAACAGCCCAGCGGAUUCCAUAUAUGACUGGUGGACGGGUCAUGAGGAUGCUGGCAGUAAUGCUCCUGGUAGUAUUCUGGUUUCUUGUUGGCUGGACUUCAUCUGUUUGCCAGAAUUUGGAGAGGCAAAUUUCACUUAUUGGCCAAGGGCAAACAUCUGAUCACCUCAUCUUCAACAUGUGCCUCACCGAGCGCUGGGAUUACAUGACAGCAGUCGCUGAAUUUUUAUUCCUCUUGUGGGGUGUUUAUCUCUGCUAUGCAGUGCGGACGGUGCCAUCAGCCUUUCACGAGCCACGCUAUAUGGCUGUUGCAGUUCACAACGAGCUCAUUAUCUCUGCUGUAUUCCACACAAUCAGAUUCGUUCUUGCCUCAAGACUUCAGUCUGACUGGAUGCUAAUGCUGUAUUUUGCACAUACUCAUUUGACUGUGACAGUCACCAUUGGGUUGCUUUUGAUUCCAAAGUUUUCACAUUCAAGCAAUAACCCCCGAGAUGACAUUGCUACAGAAGCGUAUGAAGAUGAGCUGGACCUGGGCCGGUCUGGGUCCUACCUGAACAGCAGCAUCAACUCCGCAUGGAGUGAGCACAGCUUAGACCCGGAAGACAUUCGGGAUGAGCUGAAGAAACUCUAUGCCCAGCUGGAGAUAUAUAAAAGAAAGAAGAUGAUUACGAAUAACCCCCACCUCCAGAAAAAGCGGUGCUCCAAGAAGGGCUUGGGCCGUUCGAUCAUGAGGCGCAUCACCGAGAUCCCAGAGACAGUCAGCAGGCAGUGUUCCAAAGAGGACAAGGAAGUCACAGACCACAGCAUGGCCAAAAGCACUGCCCUGACCAGGAAGAACCCACAAGAGUCUUCAGGUAAUACUGGGAAGCCCAAAGAGGAGUCCCUGAGAAACCGAGUCUUCUCGCUAAAGAAAUCACAUAGCACUUACGAUCACGUGAGGGAGCACACAGAAGAGUCCAACAGUUUACCGGUGGAAAGCCAGGAAGAGGAGGCUACAGAAAAUUCCACACUGGAGUCUCUGUCAAGUAAAAAACUUACCCAGAAGCUAAAAGAAAACAGUGAGACCGAGUCCACAGAGUCUGUGCCUUUGGUGUGUAAGUCGGCAAGCGCUCACAAUCUCAGCUCAGAGAAGAAGCCGGGCCACCCCCGAACAUCCGUGUUGCAGAAGUCUCUCAGUGUCAUAGCAAGUGCCAAGGAGAAGACUCUUGGAUUGGCUGGGAAAACCCAAACAUCGGGCGUGGAAGAACGUGCAAAAUCCCAGAAACCUCUGUCAAAAGAGAAAGAAGCAAACAGAAAGUACUCCAAUUCAGAUAAUGCAGAGACUAAAGAUUCUGCCCCCCAAAACUCCAAUCAUUUGGAGGAGCCAAGAAAACCUCAGAAAUCUGGGAUUAUGAAGCAACAAAGGGUCAACCCGCCCACUGCCAGUUCUGACAUGAGCCCAGGCACCACCAAGAAGAAGAACAACUUUGACAUAGGGGAGGUGUGCCCUUGGGAGAUUUAUGACCUGGCCCCUGGUCCUGUGCCUUCAGAAUCAAAAGUUCAAAAACACGUAUCUAUUGCAGCUUCUGAGAUGGAGAAAAACCCAACUUUUUCCUUAAAGGAGAAAUCUCAUCAGAAGACCAAGGCAGCUGAACUGUGUCAGCAAACCAGUCAGAAGAGCAUAGACAAGGCUGAGGUAUGCCCUUGGGAGAGCCAAGGUCAGCCCGGUUUUGAAGAUGAGAAGCCUUUGAUUUCUAAGACUCAGGUUCCCCCAGGGAGAGCCAAAGAUGAGAACGGCAGUCAGCAUUAUGCCACCAACGUGUGUGCUGGGCAGUACGAAGAACCACCCCCCAAAGUUGUAGCACCAAAAAUCAAGAAUGAAAAUCUCAACCCAACAGGAGACCAGGAAAAAAAGACCUCUUCCCCCGAGGAAAAUGCGCCCCGCUCCUAUAACUCAAGUAAUAACCUUUGGCAGCCUUUAACAUCACGAGCUGAGGUGUGUCCUUGGGAGUUUGAGGCCGCAGAUCAACCAAAUGCUGAAAGAAGUGUAGCUUUACCUGCCUCUUGCACUCUAAGUGCAAACAAGAUGGCGGGGCCUCGGAAAUAAGAGGUCAGGGAUCCUUUUAAAGUGUAGCAUCCCCAGAAAGAAAAGGAGAAGGAAGAAACCCUGAAUUCGACAGAAGACAGAAGGAUCAAAAAUUCCCAAGGAGUGUUUGUCAUUGGAGGGAAACGUGAAAGUCACAAGUGGAAAAAGACAGGGAGGGCAGAGCAACGCCACAGUGGAAGAAUGAGACUGGCCAAGGGAAGUCUGUCUUCCCCUGAGAACACGAGGAGAAGCCUUACAUUUCAGCAUGGUUAGCGGGAGUCGCCCUCACUGUCUGCCCCUGAUCAGUAUUUACCCGUGGCACUUUGAAAAUCCUAAGCAAGGUCAACCGUAAGACACAGAAGAGGUAUGAGAUUCUGCAAAGAAGAAGAAGGAAGGUAUAGACCUAUAUGACCGAAGUUCUAAGUAGCUAACUGAACUUCCUUCACCUGUUUAACCUUGAUAGCACUGCUCACGUAAUGCAUCCCAAAAAUACCUUUUAUAUUAAUGAUUGCUCUCAUUUUCUUAUAAAUGUAUGUUUCAGUACAUUGUUGUGUCUCAUAUUCAAGCAUUCCAGAUUGUAUAAUUUUUGCAAAUAACUUUGAUAUUACGUGACACAACACAUUUAUGCAAUCUGCAGCUACUCAAUUGUUAUUGCAAGUUCCAGAAUCCCUGCUAUACCAACUUUAGUUGAUUCUCGAAGUACAGUAAGCUUUCUCUGGCUUGGGAAGCCGUAACCGUUAUGAUAAAAUCUUUCCGUUUUGGCUGUGGUUUAUAUAUUGUGAAUUUGGAUUUGACUCUAUUGUUUCACAUCAUGGUUUGUUAUACUGUCUUAAUCAGGGUUUUUUAUACCAAGUUGAGUUACUUGUUUUGCACUUCUUGUUAGGACUCAGAGAUCCAGGGGUCCUACCAAGUCGUAUGUCUCAAUAAAGGACAACUUACCUAUUGUUUGUUUAGAGUCAGAGACAGGUCACACCUUCAUUCCAAUUUACUGUCCCUUUUAAUCCUUUCAGUAUUCCAUACUUAGCAGCAUUUCGCCAGGAAGAAGCUAAGAGUGAGAAAAACAUACUGUGUAUUACUAUUACCACUGAAAAGGGAAGACUCUAGGAAUGACAUGAGAACUACAGCAGUACUGCAGGGUCAGGGAAUUUGCCUUUCAAAACACAGACAGGAAGGGAGCUACUGAUAGCACUUUCAAGGGAGUAUUUUUUUAAAGAGAAAAAUUAUGAUAGCAUCAAGAUCAUUGUACGGAUAUAUUUUUAUUAUGCAUACUGAAUAUAUAUUUUAAAUUACCUUAAACUACUUAUUCUCAUAACUCUUAUUCAUUGCUUCAGCUAGGGGUAACACUUGCUGGGCUUCAAUCCCAAAGAGGUUUAUAACCUGAUUUAUUCAAAGCCUAUAAGGUGGUGUGGGCUCUUCCUCCUGCCAAGCACUGGAAAACUUACAAGUCCUGCAAAUUGCCAUUGCGAGCCACCCAGCUCAAAAAAAAAAAAAAA